GGCUGGAACAAAAUUAGCGGGAACAGAAUCCCAAAGCGUGGUUCAAAACUAAAAAUUUGACCGGAAAAAUCACAAAAUGACAGAUAGAACACGGUACAACAGCCCUUUAACUGGAAGAUAUGCCAGUAAAGAAAUGGCAUUUAAUUUUUCAGAAGAAAAGAAGUUCACAACUUGGCGAAAAUUGUGGAUUAUUCUAGCGAAGGCCGAAAAGGAACUUGGUUUGUCAAUCACAGAUGAACAGAUUACAGAAAUGGAAAGCAAUGUUCAAAACAUUGAUUAUGAUUUAGCUGCAAAAGAAGAAAAGAUAAGGAGACAUGAUGUGAUGGCACAUGUUCAUGCGUUUGGAGUUUGUUGCCCAAAAGCAGCAGCAAUAAUACAUCUUGGAGCAACUUCCUGCUUUGUUGGAGACAAUACAGACUUGAUUGUGAUCAGAGAUGGACUGGACAUAAUACUACCAAAACUUGCAAGGUGCAUUCAUCGUCUAUCAAGAUUUGCAGAGGAGCAGAAAGAUUUACCCUGCCUAGGGUUCACCCAUUUUCAGCCAGCUCAACUGACCACCGUUGGAAAACGAGCUUGCCUUUGGAUCUCGGAUUUGCUGAUGGACCUUGAAAAUAUCACUGGAGUGAAGGAAAAUUUGAAAUUCAGAGGGGCCAAAGGAACGACUGGAACCCAAGCGAGUUUCCUUGCGCUGUUUAACGGCGACCACGAUAAGGUUCUUAAACUCGACAACCGUGUAACCGAAAUGGCUGGUUUUACAUCGUCGUACUCCGUCACUGGACAGACAUACAGUCGGAAAGUCGAUCUUAUUGUUUUGUCGGCACUUGCGGGUUUGGGUGCGACAAUCCACAAGAUGUGCACGGACAUUCGUCUGCUAGCGAGUUUGAAGGAGGUGGAGGAGCCUUUUGAAAAGAACCAGAUUGGAUCGAGUGCAAUGGCUUACAAAAGGAAUCCAAUGCGAAGUGAACGAUGUUGCGGUCUAUCCAGACAUCUAAUGGCUUUAGUGGCUGAUGCGCAGCAAACUGCUGCCACGCAGUGGAUGGAGAGAACCUUAGACGAUAGCUCAAACAGGAGAAUAUCUCUGGCCGAGGCUUUUCUCAUUGCGGACAUCAUUCUGAAUACAGUACAGAAUAUAUCUGAGGGGCUGGUCGUCUACCCAAAAGUAAUUGAGAGGCAUGUAAAUCAAGAACUUCCUUUCAUGGCUACGGAGAAUAUCAUCAUGGCUAUGGUGAAAGCUGGUGGAGAUAGGCAGGAAUGCCACGAGGAGAUAAGAAAACUUUCGCAAGCAGCUGCAGCAGAAGUGAAGGAAAAGGGCAAUGAUAAUAACCUCGUUGAACUCAUCAAGAAAUCGGAUUACUUUAGGCCGGUACAGAAAGAUCUGGACAAGUUGCUUGAACCUAGCAGUUUUGUAGGAAGAGCACCGCAACAGGUUAGUGCAUUCAUCCAAGCAGAAGUCAAGCCUGUCUUGAAAGCAUUCGAGAAAGAUCUCGAUGUUGUUGCGGUUGUAAACGUCUGAGCUGAUCUCAAGUAGAAGAUUGAAGUGGAAUCUUGAAUAACUGUGAAUUAAUGGAGUAAAUCUAGAGAAUUUGAAGCUGUAUGUUUGUAUGGUUGCUUUUAAUUGCAUAUAAUGAAGCCUAAAUCUUUA